AUGAAGCCGACCACUCCCAAGGCUCGAAAACCAUCUGGCCGCGAGGCCAGUGCUAUCGCCGCCGCGGUAGCCCUCAAUGCCUCGGUCACCACUCCUGCCACUGCUGCCAACGAUUCCAUCUCCAUUCCUGCUUUCACAAGCUUGGGAAACGGCUCAAGUGGCAAGAGCAAGAACGGCGAAAGGCCGCUCGGGAUGCCGGACAGCAGGCCCCUGAGCAGCUUAGACGGCUGA